AUGGAGACUGCAGGCGAGGCGGCGCACGGCGCGGCGCUCCUGCGGGGCCUGGCGGCGCUGCGGGCCGAGCGCUGCCUGCUGGACGUGACGCUGGUGGCCGGCAGCGGCGGGCGGGAGUUCGGGGCGCACCGGGCCGUGCUGGCGGCCGCCUCGGGCUACUUCCGCGCCAUGUUCGGCGGGGCGCUGCGGGAGGCGCGGGCCGAGCGGGUGCGGCUGCACGGCGUGGAGCCCGAGUGCCUGGCGCUGCUGCUCGACUUCGCCUACACAGGCCGCGUGGCGCGGCUGGGCCCGGAGCUGGCCGAGCGCCUCCUGCGCGCCGCCGACCUGCUGCAGUUCCCGGCCGUCAAGGAGGCGUGCGGCGCCUGGCUGGCGGCGCGCCUGGAGCCGGCCACGGCGCUGGAGAUGCAGGACUUCGCCGAGACCUUCGCCUGCGCGCCGCUGGCCGCCGCCGCCCACCGCUGCGUCCUGCGCCACGCCGCCGCCGGCUCCGACGGGCUGGGCGCGCAGCUGGAGCGCCUGCCACUGGCGCGCCUGCUCUCCUACCUGCGCGACGACGCGCUGCGCGUGCCCAAGGAGGAGGCCGCCUUCGCGCUGGCCCUGCGCUGGGUGCGCGCCGAGCCGGCCGCGCGCGCCGCGCUCCUGCCGCAGCUGCUGGCCCACGUCCGCCUGCCCUUCGUGCGCCGCUUCUACCUGCUGGCCCACGUGGAGGGCGAGCCGCUGGUGGCGCGCUCGGCCGCCUGCCUGCGCCUCGUGGCCGAGGCGCGCCUCUUCCAGGCCGGCCGCCUCGACCGGCACGACCGCGGGCCCUGCGCGCGCCUCCGCCCGCGCCCCUCCACCGGCCUGGCCGAGAUCCUGGUGGUGGUGGGCGGCUGCGACCGGGACUGCGACGAGCUGGUCACCGUCGACUGCUUCAACCCGCGCACCGGCCACUGGCGCUACCUGGCCGAGUUCCCCGACCACCUGGGCGGCGGCUACAGCCUGGCCGCCCUCGGUAACGACAUCUACGUCUCCGGAGGAUCCGAUGGCUCAAGACUCUAUGAUUGCGUCUGGCGAUACAACUCCAGCGUGAACGAGUGGACGGAGGUGUCGCCGAUGUUAAAAGCCCGGGAGUACCACAGCUCGGUGGUCUUGGAUGGACUCCUGUACGUCGUGGCAUCGGACAGCACGGAACGCUAUGACCACUCUCUGGACGCCUGGGAGCCGAUGCAGCCCAUGCUGUACCCCAUGGACAACUGCUCCACCACAGCCUGCCGUGGCAAGCUCUAUGCCACAGGCUCCUUGGCUGGCAAAGAGUCCAUGGUUAUGCAGUGCUACGACCCAGAGACAGACCUGUGGUCUCUUGUCAAUUGUGGGCAGGUGCCCCCUUGGUCCUUUGCUCCCAAGACUGUCACUCUCAGCGGACUGAUGUAUUUUGUAAGAGAUGACUCUGCUGAAGUUGACGUGUACAACCCCGCAAAGAAUGAAUGGGACAAAAUCCCUCCAAUGCUGCAGGUGCAUGUCGGGGGCAGCUUAGCUGUGCUUGGCGGGAAGCUUUACGUCUCUGGUGGCUACGACAGCACCUUUGAACUUUCAGGCAUCGUUGAAGCUUACGAUCCCGAAACCCGAACCUGGAGCGUGGUGGGCCAACUCCCAGAGCCGAUCUUCUGGCACAGCAGCGUCAGCAUUUUCCGCCAGUUCAUGCCCGAGACGACCCCAGAGGACGAGGAGCCCCCCUUGGACAACGCCAUCAGCCUGAGCCGGCAGCGCCAGAACCUUCACAACCAGAAUCUUAAUGAGAUGCAUUAACAGCCAGCCAGCUUGUCUCUGGUGGCCCGAAGCCAAUCUGCAGCCCGGAACCAGCGUCACUUCCGGGCAGAGGCAAGCUGGGUUUUGGAGACUGUGGCGUGUACGCUGAAAGGGCGAUGGAAAGAGCCAUGUGGUCGAGAGGAGAGUUGGGGUCUGCGCAUUUUUUAUGGGCAUCUGCCUCCUUUUUGGCUAGGGAGGGGGCAGCAUAACAGGUGAAUUCUUGAAAAAAAAAUCUUGGGGGGAAGGGGGGGACAUGUCGAGUCAUUACCUGGUUGGAAGCCGUGAGGGAUUGCAUUUAAGGAGAAUCUUUUCCAAAGGCCUGAUAGCACCCCCUUCUCUGCCAGUAGCUUUGUAUCUCCCACAAAAUCCUCCAUUCCUUAAGGGAAAGCCAUCGCCCUCCACCUUGAAAGAAUAGUCCUGGUAGCAGCCAGUCAGUGAAGCGCUGCUGUAUCUGGGCCGCAAUCUCUACACCGUAAAUGCCGACCCUUCUGCCUAGCGUUCAGCUGUGGGGGACCCUUUCAUCUGCCUUUAAAGAAGGAUUUCCAAACCAGCUUUCUUUUGGGGGAGAGAUCCCACAAGCAGGUGCCAACAAAGGGGAAGGAUAAUGACAUCCGAAUGACAUCCAUUUUAUUUAUUAUUUGCAGGGGGCGGGGGGUACUAUUUGCGAAGAUAACCAGUUUUUUCUGAACAUGGGCAAAGGAAACAUGCCAGUGUUCUGGUUAAUAAUUUUGACAUGCAAAUAGUGUCGUUACUGUAGCGAUGGUGUGUGAGAACGCCACAUUCCUCUGAUGAACUUGCGCCUUUUAUCAGUGUUGGGUGCCUUCUAGGUUUUGGAGUAGAGAGAACUUUUUUUGUAGUCUCUGAACCUUGUUCUUAGAAAAUAUUCUGGCCUCUUGUGGUUCUUGAAAGUUCUAGUUUUCAAGUGGUGAGUUGGACAGUUUUAUUUUUUCUUAUUUAAUCGGAGCAAGUGCAUUUUAAGUGGAGAAGUGUCCCGUCAGUUGUUUGGCAUGUCUCGGAUGGUGUUUCCUAAUGGGGCUUUUCAGUUGCGAAGUGACGGAUUGCCAUUUGGAAAAGAAACAGAGAAUGGCUGUCACCACUGAUAAUCAAGGUCACAUCCCUUCCUUCUUGCCAGUUGCUGCUGCGGAGGUCCCUAAGUAGGACCAGUUUGGGGUGGUUCUUUUGUCUCACUCUUUGGUUCAGGGCACUUUCUCAACGUUUUUUGAAGCCAAAUGAUGAGCUGGAGCGUGUGGGGGGGAGAUCUCUUGUCUAGGCGGCCAUUCUUUAAAGGGUUUGAGGUUUUCACCAAAGGUGCCUUAAUAGAAUGUGGCUUGAAACACACCCCGGGCCUUGUUCACACAGGCAGGAGAAAUGAAGGUGGUGGAAUGCACCACCGGCUUGCAGAUUGGAGGCCUCUGUUUGGAAUGCCUCUCUCUGCGUCAGCUCCCACAAAUGGAAAACCAGCAGCACAAGCAAAGAGAGAGGGUAGACCUGUUGCAGUCUUCUUGUAGGGUAAAAUAGCGAAGCGGCAUCUGACGAAGAGAGCUGUGGUUCUCAAAAGCUUAUGCUACAAUAAAGUUGGUUAGUCUUAUAGGUGCUACUGUUUUGCAACUACAGACUAACCCCUGGUUCUUGUAGGGUAGGCCUCUUCUCUUUUCUUGUGCUAGUUUUCUGCACAAAGCAACAUUCUGGAGUCUGGAAUCCUCUACCAGCUGUCUGAAGUGGCGUGGUACCAUUUUACCCCCCACCCCAGGCCAUCUCCUAUAUGUGUGAGCCUGCCCUCUCCCGCAAUGCUGCCAAAGGUGGCGGACUGACAUUUCAGAUCUGUGCUUGAAGAAGGCAUCUCCAAGCGGCUGCCGUCACAGACAGCAGCAGUGGCUAUUUCUGAGCCAUGGGAAGCAGCCUAUUGGCUGCUGGUCUGCAGAAAAUGUUUAGCAGCUAGUGAUGCAAGAGAGGGGCUGUCCUGUCUCUUUGUGGCCAAUCUACAAAAGACAGACGGGUGGGAAGGAGAUCCUGCGCUAGAUUCACUGUCAGAGCAUGUGGCUGUACAUCGCCAGGCACACGUGUGCAUGCAUAUCGAAGGGUGUUCCGCUUCAGCCUUUUAACUCAGCUUUUAAAAACAAAUUGUGAAGGUAGCCUGUUCUCGUCCUUUCUGACUGGUGCCCAGGGAGGCUGAUUUAUCCCUAUAUCCCGCAAGAGUGCUGAAGUCCCGAGCCUUUCCUUUUCUCUGAGCUGUUCAAGGGGGAAGCGCUUGCUAGGAUGGCAGAUCUUUUCAACUCUGCGCCAGCUGUUUACAGACUUUUGAGCUGCUAUUGUGCUGCCUAUGUCGUUUUGUAUUUCUUAAAAGUCAAGUAUUGUGUGCUGGCCUAUUUAAAGUCUAUGAAGAUGAUACCCCUCCCCUCCAGAUGUUCACUGCUGGAUUUGUAGCAGCUUGGAAGCUCAAGAGCCAGAUGAAUAGCUUCGUAUUUAUUUAACUUUUGUAGAUAAUUGUGUUUAGCCUUAAGUAUUGUACAGCAACACCCAACAGGAGGGGAAAUAGAGGAAAGGUAUUAUAUUUUGUAAUUUUUUUCUCUUCUAAACUUGAAACUCUAAGGUUAAAUAAAAGUGUGUGUUCAGUGUAAGA